GUUCCUUGAAGGAUGUAGCCAAAAAAAAUUUGUCGGAUGGCGUGAUAUGGUCAUGUGGAAGGCCUUGCAGAAAAAUGGUUUCAAUUAGAAAAGGAGGAUCUAUUCCUUUUGAACGGCAGUUUUCAACACAAUUUCUGGCUCUCUUGAGAAAAUUGUAAUUUAUACUAUCGUAUACAAUAUGGACUCAGCAAAGAAACAAGACAUCAGUAACCUUGCUGCUUCAAUUGAUUAUUUUACAAACAGUCUUUAUCAAGCUGUGGCUACAGGAAUCAAUGAAAAUGUCUUCAUGUCACCAUUCAGUGUUGCUACUGUUUUAUCAAUGGUUUAUUUGGGAGCAAGACAAAACUCUUCCAAACAGUUUGAAAAUGUUUUGAAGAUAACAUCAAAUCCAGAUUCUGUAGCUUUAGCUUUUAAAGAAUAUUUUUCACUUUUGAAAAACUCAGAUAAACUUGUCACAUCCAAUUUAGUGAAUCGUUUGUGUGCCAAUGAAAAAUUCCCUAUUUCAGAAGACUACAAGAAAAACAUGGUAAAAUAUUUCUUUUCAGAUAUUGAAAAUGUAGACUUUAUGACAAAUGCUGAGAAGACAAGAAUAACUAUUAAUGAUUGGGUUAAGAAUAACACAAAUAACAAAAUUACUGAUCUGUUACCAAGUGGAAGUUUGACACCUCAAUCGGUUCUAGUUCUUAUUAAUGCUGUAUACUUCAAAGGAACGUGGGCUGAAAUAUUCUCAGAAGAAGCAACUUCAUCUAGAAAGUUUUAUUUAAGCUCUGACAAGACUGUAUCUCAUGAUUUUAUGUAUAUAUCUGAAGAUUUUAAUACCAAAAUAAGCGACAACUAUAAAGUGGUUGAGUUACCUUAUAUAGGAAAAGCAUUUAGUAUGUUUGUAAUUCUUCCCAAUGAAAUCAAUGGCCUUGCUGCUUUAGAGAAGGAGAUUAAUGCUCAAUUUCUCAAAGACAUUGUUGACAGAAAAGGAUUUAAAAUGAUGCUUCUAGAAUUAAAUAUGCCAAAAUCAUUAGAGAGUAGUUUUAAGUUGGGUGAUGUUUUGAAAAAGCUUGGACUCCCUGAUAUUUUUGAUCCUCUAAAAGCUGAUUUAUCUGGGAUGACUGGUGGUGAGAAGAAUAUUUAUGCCAGUGAAAUGUUUCAUAAAGCAUUUGUUGAUGUUAAUGAAGAAGGAACGGAAGCUGCUGCUGCAAGUGGAAUGGUGGUCUCAAAUUAUAUGUCGAGAAUUGGGAUGCAAUUUGAUGUCAAUCACCCAUUCACGUUUUUAGUUGUUGAUGACCGAACUAAAAUGAUCCAUUUCAUUGGUAAAGUAACAAACCCCACGAUAUAGAUGAUAUUGUCUUGUCAAAGAUUUUUCUCUUAUGGGAUACUAGAUUGUAUUAUGUAGACAACGUAACUCAGCAAAUCCAUUUACAAUAUUUUUGAGUAGAAUGACUUAAACCAUUAUAGUUGUAAUUGUGCAGAACCAUGGACAUAUCUAUGCAAUGAAAGAUUAUAAGAAUAGUUUUAAUUUAGUUCUAUAUUUAAGAGAUGAGGAAUUAAAUACAUUAUUUACAAUUGAUGGAUAUUUGUCCUCAUCUUGUUUGUUAUUAACA